AAGUCAAACUACUUGAGAUUUAAGCUCAGUAAAACAUCAAAAGAUUGCAUAAAAAGAAGCAGAAAAAAAGCCUUAUUUAACUUUAUUAUGACUCAUUUAUCUUUUUCAAAUAAUUGUUUCAUUAUCAUAUGUAGUACCAUUUUUCUUUUCUUUUCUUUUCCCCUUUAUAAUAAUUAAAUGUCAAUAUUUCAAUUACCAACAGAAAUUUGGAAAGAAAUUUUUAAACAUUUGAAAAAGGAUGAUCUCAAGAAAUGUCUACCUGUUUCCAAAUCAUGGCAUCAUAUGAUUAAUCCUUUAUUAGGAGACAAUUUAUAUAUCAAUUUACACGAUCUUAACUUCCCUUCACUUCUUACUGACUUGACAAUAUAUCCUACUUUUGGUCCUAAAAUCACACAUAUUACAAUUUCCUCUGAAUCAUCAGAUCUUGGUCGCCCAGAGAUGUUAAGAUCGAUAAUUAAUCAUUGUCCGAAUCUAAUUGAAUUACAGUUUGACAACUUGAAUCCGUACGAAUAUCUUAAAAUCCUUAAUAGUAGAGAGACAUUGAUGCCUCAUAUUCAAGCGAUCAAACUUCUUAAUCAUUUAGUAUGUAGUCCCGCAGUAAGAAGAUUUCAUCUUUGGGUCAACUACAGAUUUCGUGCUACCAUCCAAUCUAUUGAUAUUAUGGAUAUAGAUGAUAAUGGAGCCUUAAAGAAUUAUGGUGGACUUGUGAUGUUUAUCUCUGACUUUCCCAACUUGAUAGAAUUAAGAGCAUGCUGCGAUUUCAUACUAAGAGAGGAGGUCAAUGUGAUCAAUUUAACGAGUUUGCUGAACAACAGCAAGAAACUUAAAGUGCUUCAUUUAAAUCAUUUUAGCAAAAUUAUAGAUACACCUGAGGAUGUGCCUUCUGAUGAUGUAAUAAGAGAAUCCCCUUUAACAAAUCUUCAAUUAGGAGUAUUACGGCUUGAUAUUAAGCCUCUCCAGUAUGUGAUGGCAAGAUUCCAGAAUUUAUCUAGUUUCUGUCUAACUGCAAAUAACAUUGAACCAGAUCAUGUUAUGGGCUUUGAAGCAUCUGAUAAAGUUGUUUGUGAUUUUCAUACUUAUUUCAAAAAUAUUGACCGUUAUGCUGUUAACUAUACCUAUAAAGGCGAGCACUUCUUUGAUAGAAAUAUCAUAGAGACAUCUUCAAUUGUUGAUGCUAAUGAUAUCUUGCUUGAAGAUUUAGUGAAUUAUUUUGAAGAUGAUAUGGGACGACUUUACACGUGGACAGAUGAAGGAAACAGUGCUUAUGAAUAUUUUAAUCAUUUAGAUCAUGAAGAUAUGAUGUAUUACGACGAUGAGUUAGAUAUUGAUCCAUAUUUUACAGAUGAAGAUCCUACAAGUAGUAACUUGGGAUAUGAGUUUGAGUUUGAUGAAGAGGAAGAGGAAGUGGAAGCGGAAGUGGAAGUGGAGGAGGAGGAGGAAAUGGAGGAAGAAGAAGAAUCUUUACAAGGACUUUGGGAGUCUGUUGAUGAACUUUUUAUAAACUCUCAAUAUGCUAUGCAAACCUUUAUGGCUCAUGAUGAUAUCCUUUAUAAUAUAAAUGAUAACUUUGAAGACGACGAACCUAUUUGGUAAAGGAGAUUAAUGUAAUUUUGUACUAUAUAAAAAGACUAUAAGCAAUAAAAUGAAUCUUUCUUUCACUCACUGACACACACAUACUCUCUCUCUCUCUUUCUCUCUUUCUUUCUUUCUUUCUUUUUUUUUUUCUAUCAAUACUGACAAGAGAGCAUAGAAGACUG